GACAGCCCGGGAUCACAGCGUCGGCGCAGCCUCAGCCGUGUUGACCCGUACCCGGUGGAGCAGGUUGUCGAGCUGUGCGUAAAGUAUGGGUUCGAUCUGACGGUCAAGCUGCUAUACGGCCUCAUGCACCGCUUCGAUCGCGAGAGCGUGUCGGAGGCGGCCGAUGUUUUUGCCUCACUGACCGCCAUUGUCAGCGAGGGGCCCAGCGUGGUCAAGUCCCAGUUUGAUGGCCCACCGGCCGCAACCAUGUGCGAGUGGGUGCAGGCAACGAUUGCUCAGAUCCCUGAUGCCAAUUACUCUGCCGCGGACAAGCAGGACAUUUUGCAGGAGCUGUCGGAGCUUAUUCAAGCCCGGAAUUGGCCCAAGGUCCGGAUUCUCAUUAGCGACUUUGCGGCGGUUUUCUGGAGACGCAAUGCCAGCAAGAAUUAGACUAUUUGGCGAAAGAAAGAUAUUGAUUAAGAAUUGUUUUCUAUAAAUAAAGUACUACAAAAAAAUUACUUUCAAAAUUCCAAUACCUCAACGACAAGCCCGCAGGCCGUGCAUUUCUGCUCUUCGCUGCCGUCUUCGUCGCAAUUACCGGUUGACUCGAACGUGUGCUCGUGCUCCAUUUCAAGGUUAAGCUUUUUACUGCGAGUUUUCUCGAACUCCUCGACGCGCGUACGGCGACGGAGAUCUAACAAAAAUAAUUAAAGCGAAGAAUAAAAU